UCUCGAAGGCUCGAGACUCGAGGUCCAGCCGCUUCGUCCACCUCCUCUUCCCAGACUCCCAUGGCAGCCACGCCCACCACGUCCGCCUCCGCGGCGGCCACCACUCGCCUCUUCCUACCUACUCGCCGCCACCUCCAUGAAACCGCUUCCGUGCCUGCCCCUUCGCGCACCAUCGCCCGCCGCUACUCCGGCGGCGUCCGCUCUCUCGGGCCACCGCGCGCCGCCGCGGGCGAGCUUGGCGGCGGGGCCGGCGGAACCAUCACCGGGAAGGGCGCCGUCCGCAUAGUCUCCAUAGUAGGCGACGGGAGCAUCAGCCCGCUGAAGGACACGCCAUGGGAGGAGGUUAUGCGCCACACGGCUAAUAGGAUGAAGUGGGUUGACGAAGGAUUUGAAAUGCUUGUCUUCACAGACAAGUCAAUUGGCCAUGAUGAACUUAGGAAAGAGCUGGCACAGUGUGAUAUGCUAGUCAAUGUUGCAAUAACGAGUCAGGAGACUGUUCAGUGGCUUAUAAAUAACAGUGAGGACAUUCCCAAUAUAAUCUGCUUUCAAUCAUCUCCAACCUUAGAAAACAAGUUAGGUGGCAGGUAUGUUCAAUACACUGGACGUCAGGACAUGUUUUGCAAGCUAACAAAUAUUGGAGAAACAGGUGGCAUGAAGGAAUCUGCUGAAGUCCUUAAGGCUGUAUCUAAUGCCUGGGAAAGGCAUAAUUCAGAUGACAUUAGAUUUUGCUUACUUGUUGUGGUUAAUGCGUACAUAAGACCUGUUGAUAUGCUGCAAAACCUUAGGGCAAAAGGUCUGUCUACCCUAAGCUGUAUGAUAAGAAAUUGUGGUCCUCAGAUACUGAAUUGUCUGUUCGAUCCCAACUGUAGGAAAGCCCUUCAGUGUUUAAAUUCAUGUUCUCCAACUGAUCAAGUUUGCAACUAUCGCUGCAUUGCGUCGUAUGAGAGUCCGCAUCUGGAGGCCUUUUCUUUAUGUGUUUUGCAGAAGAACAAUUGUCUUGAUCUCAAUGCCGAGAUCCCCAGUAAGCCCUCUGUACCCCCACUAACCAUGUUCAGAGAACAAAUGCUAAGCCAUGAACUUGCAGAAGACAUGUUUGUUGGAUGGUUGGACAACUUGGAAUGGAGUUGGAGAGUUGUAGCUGGACAAAAUCCAGCAUAUGAUCAAUUCCCAUGUCAGUAUCAAUUAUUUUACAGGGGAAAAGCUAAAGGUUCAUUUUGGUAUGAGCCAAUUUUUCAAGUCAGAACCCUGGAAGGGGAACUGGUUUGGAGGCGCAGAAAGUACCGAGUAAGAAGAGCUCUCAUCCCUGGUACAUUUUACUUCAGUGUGCUGGAUAAUGGUGUGGUUUCAAAGGAGUUUUGGACAAUCGUUGAUGUUUCAGAUGAUUUCAGCUGGGGUCUGUUCCAUUAUCACGGAGCCGCUCAGGCCGCUGGACUAGCAUACACUGGAGCAGUGCUCGUUAGCCCAGAUGGCUCUUGUCCAGAUUUGGAUGACCCAAGACUGGCAUCUGCUUUAGAUAAGUGUGGGAUCAAGAAGUGGGAGCUUUAUAUGGUUGAUAACUGUUCCUGCACUGGUGCACCUUUGGGAACUCCUGGAGAUGCAAAGCUGCAUUAUCAGAUUGCUCCUGGAAAAGAAUCAGGUAUUUUGCAGACAGGGUGAUGUGUUCUAACGGCACAGAAGGUUCCCAGAUGACUUGCACGGUUGCACCUCUAAGUCAGGCAGUGUGGACUGUGGUCUGUGGAUACUGCGGACUUGAUCCAGUGCAGGAAUUGCUUGCACUGUUGCACCCACUAGACUACAAAUAUGUAAGAAUAACAUUCAGGUAUCGCUGAAAAGAGUAAUUAUGUAAAAUGAGCGGUUCUUUAUCUUAUAUAGUUAUCAUCUAAUGUCAUGCCUUUUUUACUGUCA